UGCACUAUCAAUAUCAUCUGUAGACAGAAUAAACCAUCUCUAAUCUAUCCAUCUUUAAACUAUCAAUCUAUCAUCUAUUAUAAGACUUUGUAUACCCAAAAAGCAGACCGUCUUGGCCUUGGCAGAAACAGUAAUUGCCCCCCUCCCAUUGGCGGAUUUAUGCUGAUCACUCCCCGAACAGGCUUAGCGCUGCCAAGGCUGUCCGGAGCAACACGCAGUCUUUUGGCUUGGCACGUCGCGUCGUGUGGGUUUUCCGAGGCUGCUGCGCAUCAGGGCCAAUCAGGGUCGAGCAUCAGGGUUCUUCGGCAGUCAAUUCUCAUCCACAUCCCGAUGUUCUCUCCAUCGCGAUAUGCUUAUUGUUUGAUAUCCUCCUCUUGUUCCACCCAGCAGGCCGCGUACUGGUGGCUUGGCCGUGCUUAACCUGAAUCACCAUUUAAGCUCGUGGCUGAAUAUCGGGGAAAUUCCUCUCGGUACUCGGUUCCAGACCCUAAUUUUCCUAUCCUGUGGAGUCUUUUGGAAAUUUUGAUGCGAAUCAAGUAGCAUUAUUAUUCUUCAAUCUCGUGCACAAACAUCACCAUGGGUAUACGUAAUACAUGUUAUUAUUAUCGUGCGAAAAUCCCGCAGA